UAAAGAUGGCGGCGGCGGAGGGGGCGCGCAGCGGCUGGAGCAGAACGGAACGACCCCAAACGGGUCCCUAUUAAAAUAAACAGUGCGGGGGCCAAAGUUUUGCACAUUCCCGUUCAACGUUGCCGCUUAUCCGGUGCCAUUUACCCGAGUUUGACGAUUUGACUGUGUGCCGUUAGGUGGUGGGUGGGUUCUCACACAUACACACACAGAUUGCUAAGCUAAGCUAGCGGACCUCGGUCCGCUCCGCUAGAGGAGGAAGACGAGGAGGAGGGGUGAUCGAGGAGAGAAAGAAUACUGUCGUCCCGAGCAGAACAGACCGGUGUCGUUGGGGGAUGUGAGCGAUCCAAACGGACUGCGGGUCUUUCCACGGAUCUGUGUUGUUUUCCCACCCAGAACGCUCGCAGGAUGGGACAACAGGUAGGCCGCGUGGGAGAAGCGGCUUCCGCGGGGAUACAGUCCCCACCGCAGGGGCAACAGCAGCUGCAGGGGCAACAGCUGCUGCAGCAGCAGGGCAGAGUGAACCGGGCCGGCGGCUCAGGGAGGAGACCGCGAGACGGCGGCAGCAACAUCACCGGUACUCCACCUGGAAGAACCGCUGCGUCUGCAACUGCCGCUAACAUCAUGCCGGACCCCUCAGUCAAUAUAUUCACCAAACACUCAGAAGCCCUGCACAGGCCGUUCGGACUGGACUCAUCUGCACUGACCGAGGCGGUACGCUGGAGCUCCAAAGAGAAUCUGCUGGGAGCUGCGGAGAGCGACCCGAACCUCUUUGUUGCGCUUUAUGAUUUCGUUGCCAGUGGGGACAACACGCUGAGCAUCACUAAAGGAGAAAAGCUGCGAGUGUUGGGCUAUAACCAGAAUGGAGAGUGGAGCGAGGUGCGUUCGAAGAACGGUCAGGGUUGGGUGCCCAGUAACUACAUCACCCCCGUGAACAGCCUGGAGAAGCACAGCUGGUACCAUGGACCCGUGUCCCGCAGCGCGGCCGAGUACCUGCUCAGCAGUUUGAUCAACGGCAGCUUCCUUGUUAGGGAGAGUGAGAGCAGUCCUGGCCAGCUGUCCAUCUCACUGCGCUACGAGGGCCGGGUCUAUCACUACCGGAUCAACACAGCUUCUGACGGGAAGGUCUACGUCACGUCUGAGAGUCGCUUUAGCACGUUGGCCGAGCUGGUUCAUCAUCAUUCCACAGUGCCGGAUGGUCUGGUCACCACGCUGCACUAUCCCGCCCCAAAAUGCAACAAGCCAACGGUCUACGGCGUCUCGCCCAUCCACGACAAGUGGGAGAUGGAACGCACAGACAUCACCAUGAAGCACAAACUGGGCGGAGGACAGUAUGGAGAGGUGUAUGUCGGCGUUUGGAAGAAGUACAACCUCACUGUUGCCGUUAAAACAUUAAAGGAGGACACCAUGGAAGUCGAAGAGUUUUUGAAGGAGGCUGCAGUCAUGAAGGAGGUGAAACAUCCCAAUUUAGUGCAGUUACUAGGUGUCUGCACGUUGGAGCCUCCAUUCUACAUAGUGACGGAGUACAUGCCCCACGGGAACCUGCUGGACUACCUGCGGGAGUGUGACAGUAAGCAGGUGAACGCGGUGGUGCUGUUAUACAUGGCCACUCAGAUCUCAUCAGCCAUGGAGUAUCUGGAGAAAAAGAACUUUAUCCACAGAGACUUGGCUGCUCGUAACUGCCUGGUUGGAGAGAAUCACGUGGUCAAAGUGGCUGAUUUUGGACUGAGUCGUCUGAUGACGGGCGACACGUACACCGCUCAUGCGGGGGCUAAAUUUCCUAUCAAAUGGACGGCACCAGAGAGUCUGGCUUACAAUACUUUUUCCAUCAAAUCGGACGUGUGGGCAUUUGGAGUGUUACUGUGGGAGAUUGCUACGUACGGCAUGUCUCCAUACCCUGGAAUUGAUCUAUCUCAGGUGUACGAUCUAUUGGAGAAGGGCUAUCGCAUGGAGCAGCCAGAAGGUUGUCCUCCUAAAGUGUACGAGCUCAUGAGGGCCUGUUGGCAAUGGAGUCCAUUGGACCGGCCUUCAUUUUCUGAGAUCCACCAAGCCUUUGAGACAAUGUUCCAUGACUCAAGCAUUUCAGAAGAAGUUGCAGAAGAGCUGUGUAAAACUGCCUCCGGUGGGCAGGGUGGGCUUGUGCAUUCCUUCGGGCACGAUAUGCCAAUCUUGCCCUCAAAGUCUCGCGGGCAGAAAAAACACUCGGAGAACAAAGAGAACAUGGAGGAGGCGGGACCUCUCGGCCCUGCAGGUCUUGCAGCAUCUCUGUUUGCUGGUGAUGGGCGAUCCAGCAGCUCACCAGCCCUGCCACGUAAACAAAGGGAUAAAUCCCCUUCUAGCCUUUUGGAAGACUCCCAGGACACCUUUACCCGUGACCGCAAAGCUGGCUUCUUCAGUUCUUUCAUGAAGAAAAAGUCUACAUCCUCUUCCUCACCUCAACAGCAACAAAACCUUCCCAUGCCUCCCAAGAGGAGCAGCUCUUUCCGGGAGAUGGAGACCCAGCCUCAUAAAAAGUAUGAGCCCACGGCAGGGUUUGGGGGCCCUCCUCCUUUGCCUCAGACCGAUGGCUUGAGUUUUUCUCCAUCCCAUGGAGAGGGGAACCAUGUGCAGUCUCGCUGCUGUGGAGCCACAUUUGGGCAAAAGCCCUCCGGUUCCAACUCCAGUGCAACUUCUGGUCAAGUGGGAGGUAGCAGUAGCUGGGGAAGCUUAGCGGGCUUUUUCACCCCUCGCCUUAUCAAAAAAACAUUGGGUUUGCGGACUGGUAAACCCUCUGGCGUAGACGAAGGGGGUGGAACCAAGCCUUUCCCUCGUUCCAAUUCAACUUCCUCCAUGUCUGCAGGAUUACCGGACUUGGAGCGCAUGGCGUUGACGUUGCCAAGAAACCGCAGCAAACCUCCUCUAGAGCGCACGGCUUCCACCACAUCGCAGCCGGAGAAUGGUGCGGCACGACCUUCAGACACAAUCCUAAGAAAGCUUGAUGAAGGUACGGCUCAGAUACGCGAUCGUCCCAAAGCCAAACUCUUGCCGCGUGGGGUUGCUGGAGGGUCAGGCGUAGUGAGAGCUCCAGGAGUAGGGGGAGAGGCUGAAAUGAAAGACGGACACGACGACCGACCGGGCUGGUCGUCUCCGUCCAAAACCUCCACACUUGGGUCAGUCAGUCUACACAAUCACAAAGUUCCAGUGCUCAUCUCACCCACCCUAAAGCACAGCUCCGCUGAUGCGCAACUGGUCGGUGUGGACUCUCAGGGCAACCGAUUCAAACUGCUAUCCGACAGUGGAGAUCGCGACCGUCCUCGACUAGUAAAGCCCAAAUGUGCGCCCCCUCCCCCACCCAUGCUCCGCUCCCUUCAGCACGCCUACAGUGCCGACGCUGCCGACGAAGCGCUUCGGUCGACAGAGUUUGUUGAGAUUAACGGAGAUGGAUUCAAAAGGUCAGGAAGGGAACGUCCAUCAAUCCCACCACCACAAGUGCCUCCGGCCCCCACGGUGCCCUCUAGCAACAAUACCACCCAGACUAAGAUGGCCAACGGUGCUUCUAGCGGGCCGGGUCCCACUUCUGCCAAACCUACUCUUAGACGGACUCGACAGCAGGCGGAACGGAUCCCCUUGGAGAAGAUUAGCAAGGAGGCUCUUUUGGAAUGUGCCGAAUGCUUGAGUAGUGCCAUUCAAGGAAGCACUGAGCUAUCCUCUAGCAGCCAAGUCUUGGAUGUGGGACACCAGCUUUUGGACUACUGCUCCGGGUAUGUUGACUGCAUACCGCAUACGCGGAAUAAGUUUGCCUUUCGUGAGGCGGUGGGGAAACUAGAGUUAAAUCUGCAGGAGCUUCGGACUUCCUCUUCGGGAGGAGGAUUAGGGGGACCCGGGACCAGCCCCGCCCUCGAUAAUUUGCACACCUGCAUUAAAGAGAUCAGUGAUGUCGUGCAAAGGUAGCCUCUGGGUCCACUGUAGCUACAUCCUCCGAGACUUUAUUUCCCCAAAGUCAUAGUUUAUUUAAAUGUUCGGGGGACAGAGAAGAAUCUCUCAGAAGUACCUCAGAAACGACUAUGAACACUCUCCUUUUAUUGUUUACAGGUGACUUUCUCGUUGAAAAUGCCAGAUGGGAUCAGAAUUCUUUGUAUAUAAGCUUUUUGUCAUCACACAGUUUUUGUUUUUUGGCCAAUUUACAAUGUAAUUGUUUUAUCUCGGUAUGACAGAAGUAAUUUUCACAAACCUACAGGAAGCACAGGGAGGUUGACUACAAACUUCACUCAUCCAUUUAGUUGUUAGAGAAAAUUCAAUGGUUCAAUCCGUUUUAUUUACAUCUGAUUCAAAUAACUGGAUACAGUGUCAGUGACAAUGCAAACAAAUAUCGCCUUGUUUUUAAGACAUGAAUUGUUUUUUGCUUUUAAAUGAUAUUGCCUGUUCAGAGCAUACAGUAACAGAAUGUGACACACAAACACUUCAUCUCUAUGCACAAUUGUUUGGUUUUAAACACUACAGGUGCUUCACUACAAAUCCCGUACUGUCAUUUUUUUUCAGUUUGAUUAGUACAUUUAUCAAUACUGAAGCAUUCGAUAUCCAUUGGUAAUUUUGUAAAUCUGUGCAUUCAUUAUUAUCAUUAGUGGUUUACUGUGUCAUUGUGGCGAUUUUAUAUCUGUGGCCUUCAGAUAAUCCCCCCCCCCAACACCCAGAUAUAACAAAUCCUGUUCUUAAUGUAUAAGUGCUAAAAUAAGGUUUGCUGUGGAAGCAGUGAUAUGGUAUGUGGAAAGUCUGAAUUCGUUUAGUGACUAGAACACAGAUUACAAAUACACCUGUUGCCAAGCCUUUUAACUCAAACUGCAUUUUCUUCUCUAACUUUAUUUUGCUUUAACUUGCGAAUGUCUUCAUUUCUAAACUUGAAUUUUAAAUUAUUUUCUAUUAAAAGCACAGUCAUAUUAAUGAUAUUGUAGAUAUAGCAUAUUAUUUUAUACCCACAUGACAGCCUGCUCAUGUGUGUGUUGUUUAAGACACAGGGGUGAGGAGGGGUGUGAAGUUCAGAAUCUGGGCUCCGUGUGUGCAUCUACAUUAUGAAUGUAUUCAUUUGUUCAAAACAGGAAUGUUGUCUUUUUGUAUGUCUUCCAUAGUGUCUCAUCACACCGUUCAGACUUUAUGAAGAAGAAACAUUCAAGUUCUUCAGGACACAAACAGUGACAUAUGUUGAUUCUGUAUUCAUAAAUGAUAGAUUUAUAUUAGAAAUUGCAUUAAUGAGAUUGUUGUGGGUGCCCUGCAAUGUCAUAAUGAAAAUGUUUUGUAACUGAUUACACUGGAGCACAUUUAUAAAGCAUACGUUUUAAUUGCCUUAAUUCAGUAUCUAAGGUAUGUAAUAUGAAAGAUUUGUUUGCCAUACAUCUUUGUGUUUAGGUUUUACUGUGGCAGAAAAGCAUAUUCAGUUGUUUAGAGCAGUUUCUUGUCACAACACGCAAAACAGUUACUUGCCUGUAUCAACUUAAAAAUUUGUGUUGCCAUUCAUCUGCCAGUGUUUUCCGAUAUUACAUGGUGCCUUUUGAGAGAUAUUUAAUGUUUGUGCACUGCUCACUCAUGAUAAAGAACUGUUGUAAAUAUGUUUUGCUUUCAGAUAUUCGGUAUCAAUUUUAGGGUGGCAAAGGGGAAUUCUCAAGAAUUAUCUACCCUGUUCUGACAUAUAUGAGGUGUCCAACUUGAAGAGGAAAAAGUGCAAUGAUCUGUCCUUUAUUAAGACAGUGCUUGAAGUCUGGUAUCAUUUUACCGAAAGAGCUCCUGAAUUUGUUCUGUUUUGACAGGAAUAUCAGCAAAGAAUCAAAUGUGUUUAAUGUGUGAUUUAGCUUUUCGAACACUACAGGUCUUUCUAUUCCAUUUAUUACUGUAUAUGUUUGAAAAUUUGUUUUUCAUUAAGCAACAAGGGUAGAAAGGGUCAAUGUCUAAAAUGUGUCUGCUUCGUAAAUCAAAGUUUCACAUGGUUGUCAGGGAGCGUUUUUUCGUUUCAGCCUUUUUAGUAAAACAGCAAAGUGUUAUUUCUUGCCAUUCGUCGCCAUGUUUUUCUUUUUCAUAAAAUAUAUGGCCAACAUUCACUUGGUAUCAUGAAUUUGCUAUUGUAACCAGUGCUGCACUGUUGUCUCCACAAUCCAUUCAAUUUGUCUGUUUAUGUUUUAUAGUCAGUUUUACAUCUCCAUUGCAUAUGGUCACAGAUUUUAUAUCGGCAAAAUUACAUUUUAUAUGAGUAACAUUACCUGUUUUGAAAGAUUGUGCAUUGCAGAAAUGUUUGAUUGUCUCUUGUAAAAAUGUCAGUACAAAAAAAACAUUUUGAGAUAACCAUUCUGUUCUAUAGUUUAUGCUUUAUGAGCCACAAAAGGGCCCAUAAGCUGCAAGCCAUUGUACUGUAUGUUUCACAGGCAUAUACUUCAUAAUUCAGAAUUAUACAAUUUUCAUUUGAAUUACCCAAAUUUGUGUUUUAUACUUUUGUUUGUCACUUUUAUUUAUUUUUUGGUUUAUUUAUUGAUCUACUUUUUAUGUUGAAUCCUGGAACACACAUUCUCUGGAGACUGUCUUUUUGUAAGGUCAGAUUUUAAGUGCUGGAGAAAUUUCUAUACCAAAGGCCACCUCUCUUGUCCUUCAAGUGCAAUGAAAAUAAAACACUCGCAAUUUUGAAUAUGUGAAUUUAACAGGGAUUACAAAGGCAGAGGUCGACAAAUUAACAGUAUUUUUUUCUGUUUUGUAAAAAGUAUAUUUUGUGUGAUUCUAAUUUAAAGCUCACUUUUAAUAGUAUAUUACUGUGAAGUCUUUCCUCAAUGUUACACUUGAUGUAAAUAAUGAAUAAAGAAAACGGUUGAAACAUA